AUGGCGGCGGAGCAGAGGAAGCUGCUGGAGCAGUUGAUGGGCGCGGAGCAGAUGAUGGGUUUUGGCAGUUCGCGCAAUUCUCAAGUGGUAAUAACUGACCCGAAAGUUUGCCGCUCCUACCUCGUCGGCACAUGCCCUCACGACCUUUUUACAAAUACCAAACAAGACCUGGGCCCGUGUCCGAAAGUACACAGUGAGGGACUGAAAGCAGAGUAUGAGGCUGCAUCAGUGUAUGAAAAAGCAAAAUGGGGCUUCGAGUACGAUUACCUACGCGACAUGCAGAAAUAUAUCGAUGACUGUAAUCGGAGGAUAGACUCGGCGCAGCGACGGUUAGAGAAGACGCCAGAUGAAAUACGUCAGACAAACAGUUUGCUAAAACAAAUAUCCGACCUCUCCAAAUCCAUAAACAACGGCCUUCUCGAAGUCUCUAUUCUCAGUGAAAUGGGCUCCGUCUCCACUGCCCUGAACGAGUUCCACAAAGUCCGCACGGCAAAACACCAUAAGGAAUCUUGCGAGCGUGAACUCAAAACCCUUUCUGACACCUCUGGACCUUCAGGCCAUCAAAAGUUACAGGUAUGCGAUGUGUGUGGCGCAUAUCUCAGUCGUUUAGAUAACGAUCGCCGUCUGGCAGAUCACUUCUUUGGCAAGAUGCACUUGGGCUAUGCGAAGAUGCGCGAGACUUAUAAUGUCUUGCAGAAGGAGUUGAAAGGACUUCCACCUUCCAGGCAUGAUGAUGGCCCCCCUGCUCGUGGUGAUUAUGAUAACGAGGGUGGAUGGGGGGGUAGAGCUGGUGGAGGCCGAGGGUCGUAUCGGACAGGUGGCGGGGGAGGUGGUUAUAGAGGGUUCAAAGGUAGAGGGGGAGGGGGGAGUUAUGGGGGACGAUGGUAG